UGCAGACAGGGGGAGGAAGGCGAGGGAUAAAGAAGCUAAAAUAGACGAGCCAAUAGAAAUUGAAGGCUAAAACGGGAGGAGGAAAGAAGACACAGACCAAAACAGAGUUGUGGUCAAAUCAACAGAGCGACACUAUCAAGGUGGUCAAGGAUGCAAGAAAAUGACUUUUCCUUCUACAGAGAAUACCUCAAAGUUGUAUUUGAGUAGAUCAUUUUGACGUUUAUCUACAUUUACCUGCUCAUUCGUUGCCCUGGACCUGCUGAGGAAGACAAACGGCCGGCGCAGGGCCACCAGCAAGAGGAGACGACGAGCGGCGGCCAGGUCGAGCAGGAAGCUUGAGCAGCGACUCAGAGGCGUGAUGAGGACAGCGCGCAGGGCGAGCAACGUGGAGGUGCCCUCCUUCCUCCGCCAGCUGGUUAAGGAAACCGGGAAGAUGGUCACUUUCUUCUUUAAAGGCGGCUCGAGAGAGAAGGGGCUAGAGGAGGAGGAAGAGGACGACGACGACGCCAUGCCCAGCCCGUACCUGGAGCGGCCCAUUUUGGAGAAGCACGUGUCCGAGGGGGGGUCCCAGUCUGGGGUGAACUACGCGGUGGCAAACAUGCAGGGCUGGAGGGCUCAGAUGGAAGAUGCGCACACGUGCAUGCCUCAGAUGAGAGGGGAGCUGAGCGAGUGGGCCUAUUAUGCUGUGUUUGACGGCCAUGCUGGGAGCACAGUGGCCCAGUACUGCUCCAGGAACCUGCUGGACCACAUCCUGGCUACAGGUGGGGUUAAAGCAAGUGAAGACCCCGAGCAGGUGAAGGACUGCAUCCGUGAGGGGUUCCUGGACAUCGACACCCACAUGCACAAACUGGCCCGCCAAGACAAUUGGGAUCGAAGCGGCACCACGGCGGCCGCCGUCAUGAUCUCCCCGCGCUACAUCUACUUUAUCAACUGCGGGGACUCGCGCACCCUCCUCUGCCACAACGGCAAGUUGGUCUUCUACACGGAAGAUCACAAACCCUUCAACCCCAGGGAGAGGGAGCGCAUCCAGAACGCCGGCGGCUCGGUGACCCUGCAGCGCAUCAACGGCUCGCUGGCCGUGUCCAGAGCCCUGGGAGACUUCGACUUUAAGGAGGUAGACUGGAGGCCGCAGACCGAGCAGCUGGUGUCGCCCGAGCCUGAAGUGUACGAGUUGGAGAGGACGGCCCAGGACGAGUUCGUCAUCCUGGCGUGUGACGGCGUUUGGGACGCCAUCGGGAACGAGGAACUGUGCGCCUUUGUACGCAGCCGGCUGCAGGUGUGCGACGACCUAAGAGAAAUUUGUACGCAAGUCAUCGACCUCUGUCUCUACAAGGGCAGCUUGGACAACAUCAGCAUCAUCAUAGUGUGCUUCCCGGGCGCCCCCCAGCUGUCAAAAGAAGCACUGCAGCAGGAAGCAGCACUGGAGCAACAUAUUGACAUGAAAGUGGAAGAAAUCAUCCAGAGGAUGAGGUCCAAAGAUGAAGAUCCUGACCUCUUGUAUGUGAUCAAAUUCCUGGCCGAGGAGGGAAUACCAGGACUUCCACCAGGGGGAGGCAUCACCAGCAAGCGAGACUGUAUCAUCUCUUCUUAUCAGAAACACAUCGCGGCUCUUAGGACUCAUGAUCCAAUGGACAUCGGGGGAUCUGAAGAGAACUCCAAUUAAAGCAAUGAUGUUCAAAACAGAAAUGUAUGAUAAAUAUAUAUUAUGAUUUCUUUGUUGAUAUCCUGUAUAAACAUCUAAAUAUUUUUUGUUACAUUCCUAAACUGUAACACUGAUCAAUAUGUGUCAUAUUAGAAGUGUCUGUAUACGGCAGCUAAUUGUACACUCACAGGGCAUAUCAUGAGGCACACCUGCGCAGCAUCUGCAUCAACAAUUUGGCACUUACAAAUCAGGUAUUUAUUAAAAAAAUAUAAUUAUUGUAGUUGUACAACUGCACUGCAUCAUACUGAUCAUUUAUAUUUGGUUUAUCUUUACUAGCAAAAUGAAAGGAUCAAAAGGCGCUAUUUGAUACCAAUACCGUAUUGUGUAAGUGCCCUGUAGGGUGCGACAGAUUGCAAUUGAGGAAGAAGUUCCAAUAAACUUCUCAAAAAAUAUACAAACAAUAUAAAUGAAUUGCAUUUAAAGGAAUUAAUAACAAAUUGAGUUAUUUUUUAAUUAUAAUUAAUUGAUCUCUAUAUAGUCGUCCCUCGCCACAUCGUAUUUCAAAUAUUACAGCUUCACCACAUUACGGAUAGUUUUUUGGAUAUUUUAAAUCUUAUAAAGUAUUAUACUACAAUAAUUAAGCAUUUUCCAGCAUGAAAUGGUUAAAUAGACUAAAAAAUUUCAAUACGAUUGUAGUACUGGCCAAUAGAGGAGACCAGACUGUUCAGUAUCAUGGCCACCGGUUGGCUCAACCUCAGGCAGCAUUGCUAUAUUGCAUUAAAAGAGUGUAAAGGUAACUAAUGGGUGUUAUUUCUUGUCUAGAGGGCUCUAAUAAUGUUUAAAAACAUAUUUAAAAAGGCCGAAGACAGUUUUUUACGCUCCAGCUAUCAAAAUAUUUGAUUUAUAAUAACGAUUCACGGAAAUUAAUUUAUUGCAGUUAAAUCCGCAACCAAUUAACAGUGAUAAACGACAAACGACUGUACUGUAUUGAGUAAACUGCCCUAUAACCUAUUCAGUGGCCUAGUGGUUAGAGUGUCCGCCCUGAGAACGGUAGGUUGUGAGUUCAAACCCCGGCCGAGUCAUACCAAAGACUAUAAAACUGGGACCCAUUACCUCCCUGCUUGGCACUCAGCAUCAAGGGUUGGAAUUGGGGGUUAAAUCACCAAAAAUGAUUCCCGGGCGCGGCCACCGCUGCUACCCACUGCUCCCCUCACCUCCCAGGGGGUGAUGGGUCAAAUGCAGAGAGUAAUUUUGCCACACCUAGUGUGUGUGUGACAAUCAUUGGUACUUUAACUUUAACUAUAGGGGGCGACAUAUUGCUAUCUGUGGAUUAAAGUGAAUAGGAAACAUUUACCUAAGAAAUAACUUGCGAUAAAAUUGUCAAAAAUAUGAAUUACAUCCAAACAAAAUUACUAACUAAUUGAGAAUGAUUUAUAAUAUAAUUGAUAAUUCAUCAAUUUAUUAACAUUUAUUUUUUAUCACCAAUUUAUAAUGUAGUAUGGGUAAAAUGUUAGAAAUUAAUGUUGCAAAUUAAAAAUAAUACAUUUUUAGAUAUAUACAAAAUUCUAUAAAAAUGUUUUGAAUCGCAUCUCAGUAUUAAAACAUAUUUUUAAACUAAUAACACCAAAAUGAAAUAUUAUCUUUAUAAGUGGGAAGUGUCAUUAAAUAUUGUGCAAGUGUACAUAAUGAUGUGUCGCAUGACUGUCCAUUACUGAUACUAUAUAAAACAAUAUCACCUGCACAAUAAGCAGUGUUGUCAACACGUGCACCAGUUCAUCACGCGUGCGAGGAAUUAGCACGCAUGCCUUAUUAAAGGUGCAAGGCACUUUGGAAGGCUGUGUGAGGAGUUGCAUCACAAUUUUAAAAUACGCCCACUGCUUACAUUUGGAUCGAUACUGUAAAAUUUGAUGUGAUGUAAAUCUGCAUAAAAUGGCUGUCAUUCCUGAACCAUACAUUUUUGAAACAUCUUAAAUUAAAGUUGAAAGUCUGU